AAGUACAGGUAAUGGCUCAUUAUACCUCACUUUCUUCUUUUCUCUGUCCACUAGUCCGUCCAGCUCUAUCUAUCUAUCUAUCUAUCUAUCUAUCUAUCUAUCUCUCACUGGGUGUCUCUUGAGUUUCUCUCCAAAAAACUGUUGUACCGCCGCACCAACGUGUGCGAGCAUACCAAACGGUAAUAUUCUGAUCUGAUUGUCCUCGGUAUGUCUGUGUGGUUGUCCUUGUUCAUGAAUUCGUUGGACGAUAGCGGAGCUACAACCGACAACUGAUCUUUAUGUUGAUCCACCGUAGACGUAGAGUGAUGAAC